AGAGCAUUCAGUUCGUAGUGUGUAGUGUGUGGGUAGCACGUUUACCACUCCGUGCACGCGCUAGGCCUGGAACAUUUACGUUUUGACCGUGCAAGUGUGUGAUACACUGGAUAGCUUCUUCCUGGCUCAUGGUGCAAACCAAAUGGUUUACAUUAGCCAGAGGACGCUUUUCAUAUUACGAAACACAGGUUAGAAGAUAGCUGGUUCGUCAACAUCAACAAGUUAGAAGAAUAAAUUUCCCAAAUAGAAGAUUAGGCAUUGAUAAAAGUGGCUUUUACAUGUGUUUUCGCUUCUGGGAUUUCAUCAGGACUAACAUCAGUUACACGACCCCGUGUGCUUGGCUCGAGGCGGGGGUUAAGCUGUGCGGUGUUUAAAACUUGCAAGUCAAUUCAGAUAUACCAUCAAUGAACAACGCCAGACCUGAUCGCUGACGUUCUCGUGAAUGGAUCUGUUGUGGUGUCACUCUAGCGGGUCUUUAAUUGAUUGUUUCGCUGUUAGGCACUGAGUCUAACUGAUGGAAAUACACAAUCUGUGAAGCCAGCGGCAACAGAUGUACAUGAGAUGAACAUGGAUGCCGACGACGACGAAGGAUCCUACUACGGUUCUUCCUACGGCUACGAGGACCUUACGUUCCUCGAAGCAUGCAUCGAACAAGACAUUGAGGCGGUGCAAGCGAUCCACGAAAACCCGACAGAGGAGGAAAUCAAUGAAAGAGACAGAUCUGGAAGGACAGGGCUAAGUCACACGAGCGCUCAUGGCAUCGUGCCAGUACUUGACAUGCUCGUAGACAUACCGGAAGUGGAUCCCAAUAUUCCGGAUAAGGAAGGAAAUACCCCUCUCAUAUUCAGCUCUCAAGCAGGACAUACGGACGUUGUUCGGAUUCUGCUACAAGACUUUAAGAUUAUACGCAUUGACCAACAGAACAAGCUGGGAUUCACAGCCUUGAUGAAAUCAGCUAUUCAGGGACGGACUGACUGUGCCAGAUUGUUAUUGUAUGCAGGUGCUGAUCCCAAGCUGCGCGAUCAUGGCAGAAAGCUGUGUGCUGAAGAAUGGGCUCGCUUUGUAGGAAGGAAAGAGUGUGCAGAAUCCAUUGCCAAGUUCUCAAACACAAAAAGAUUUUGCCUAAAGUCUCGCCUCAACCAAAACGUCGAACGUUGCAGCAGUGUACCCGAUCUUGCUUCUGAUCAAUUGUCCCGCACGGACUCGACGAAACAAUCCAAAAAGAGACGCGGUGGUUCAUUGAGACGCAAACUGAAAAACAUUCUACCCCACAACACAGAGUCAUUAGGGAUCAAUCUUUCCAGUCCCGGAAGUCCAUUCGCAGUUAUCGCCCGUUGUGUCUCCACUCCCGUUCUUCCGGGAGUGAUCUCCCCUGUGGAGUCUAGCUGUCUCAGGCGACCGGUUAGCGCAGACAAUAUCCCCAGGGUUGAGAUCACAGUUCCAAUGGAUGAAGAUGGCACCCACGUUGAAACUAACAUGAUUGCAAGGCGUAAAGCUGCUAAAAGAAAUGCUCAACAAGAUUACAGUGUUCGAUGAUUAUAUCUGGAAUAACAAUGUGUGCAUUUUUCAGGCUGGUUCUGGAAGGUGAUUGAAUGAGAAUAUGUGCUUAAUCAUGAGUUUCUUCAGAGAUGAAUAUCCCUGGCACAGUUGUGAUCGUAUGGGAAUUUGUAUUAGAACAUUGCUAGUAUAUAUCAUUUGAAUGCAGUUUUCAUCUUCCUUCGUCGUGACAUCAGCUUUUUGAAUAAUUCCUUUUUCUUAAAAAAAAUUCUAAGAGCCAAAUCCUUCAUCAGGUGAAUCAUUCUGGUCAUGUUAUUUUAGCUUGUUAUGAAUUACUCAUUUCACGCAUCAUCACAUUUAUCAUUUGAGUUUAAACUGCAAAAUUAUUUGCAUAUUUUGCUGUUCGUAUCUGAUAUAUAUGUAUAUUUAUAUUAUGUAUUAAGUGUCUAUUAUAAUGUGUUUGCACUAUACUUACAUUGUAUCGUCAAUGUCAUAAUUUCAAUAUUCGAUUUUUUGGGUUUUCUUGAAUUGUUACUUCGUUCUCCAUUGCUUUCAGGUUGAAUCGAGAUUUUCCUAAUAUUUUGAUGUUGUGAUGUGAUACUUCUUUCAAAGAAACGGUUUAUGUAUUUGUUUUCAUGUAAUACAUCAGUGUCUGCACAUUCAACCUGGUGAAUGAUUACAUUUCAGUGGUGUCAUAGCAUUAGGAAACGUUCACUGCACCGGGUGUUCCGAUUUUAUUGUUUCAUCGUAGAACCAAGACCGUCACAAUAAGGACGAGGCUGAAACAGUUUCAUAAGGUCUCGUCCAUUUGAUGGGUAAGGAAGAUGAUUCCUGUUUGGAACACUCUAGUUUCUGCCACCUUAAUCCAAGAAACAACUGUAAUCUUAUCUUAGGUGUUUCAUGCCAUACUCAGCAAUAUGCCAGCUAUUAGGGGUGGAUAUUGCAAGGAAUUUUCAUAUUGGGAUAAAU